UGAUGUGGUGAAGGAGCAAAAUUUGCGGACCGUUUUUUGCUGGUCGAUUGUUUAACUAAAAAGUUGGUUAAUUAAAUUAGAAUUUUACAAAAUACACAAAAAAGGAGAAUACGUCUUCAUUAUUCCAAAUGAAGAACGCGUUGGACAGCUUCAAGUGGCCACUAUUAUUAUUAAAGAGGUCCUAUUGCGGGACUGGAUUUUUCAAUUACCAAGACCUGUCUAAUUCGAUUUAAUUUUACGGCAUCACAUAUAAUACACUUAAAAUUUAACAUCGUCUAGACUUCAAUUAAACUCGCGCAAACAUUAAGUAUGGAAACAUCUUUAAGCUAUUCUACUGCUGAUAGCGAUGAUGGUAUACUGUUAGUGCUAGUUACAGCCAAUGUCGGAAGUCUCUUUGAAGAUCCAUCUCGUUUGCUCCGUCCAUGGUUAAUUGCAUUUUUGAAAAAAGUGUCGCAUUUGCAAAUGCAAUUUUUGGCCCUUCAUUUGCAAGAGGUUGGAGGGAAGACUUAUGAAAAAUCAAUGGAAUACGUCCAGGAAUUCAUUAAGAGUUUAUGCGAAGCACCCGAAUUAGAGGAUUUCGAAUACAUUCGAAUAUAUAUGGAUGAAGAUUUCAAAUCUGCUGAACAUUUUACGGCACUUGGAAAUCUGUAUUUUGUACACAAAAACUUAACAAACGUAAGGAUAUGGAAUUUUUUGACGCACGCUUGGGAAUCUGCAGAAGGCAAGAGUAUUUAUUCCGGUAAUAUUGAGACAAUCUCAAGUAAGGAGAAGGCAAAAUUUCCGCAACACUUCUUUCCAGAGUGCAAAUGGUCCCGCAAAGGGUUUAUGCGGACUAGGUGGGAAGUUAAUAAUACAGUUUUUGAUCUAGUCAACAUUCAUUUAUUCCAUGAUGCGUCUAAUUUGGCCGCUUGUGAGGAGUCUCCAUCAGUGUAUUGUAAAACAAGACGACGAGCGCUUGUGCAUACCUUAGAAAGAUUUCACCUAGAUGAGAAAAACGGUUUGGCACCAUUCUUUGUUUUCGGUGACUUCAAUUUCAGAUGUGACACAGAAGGCGUUAUUAAGGAAUUAACUGAAAAUCUAACAGCGCAUCGGGUGCAUGGAUUCCAAAAUGAUUGUACUAAAGUCCAUUACCGCAAUUCCCUGGGAGAUAAUAUACUUACGGUUGGAAAGAAGGAAUUUAAUCAUGCGGAUCAUCAAUUAAAAUUUAAAGAAGCUUGGUUGAAAAAAUUCGAUCGAGAAUUGGAACCGCUAAGGGAAUUUCUUGAAGAGUUUCCCAUAGAUUUUCCGCCUUCGUAUCCAUAUGAAGAGGAUCCCGAAAUGCCCAUGGAUUACAUGUCGACAAGAUGUCCCUCUUGGUGUGAUCGCAUUCUUAUGAGUCCACAAGCCAGACGAAUUAUUGACGAGGAAUUCUCUCCAAAUAUAUACAAUAUUAUUGGUGAAAAUGUUUGCAUGGGCGACCAUAAGCCAAUAUAUUUAAAUAUACGCUUAAAACCAAAUCAAGGUACUUAUAGAUGUUGUAAUUGCAAUAUAUCGAAUGCAAAUAACAACAAAUCAACAUCACAUAAUAACCCAGCAGUGACGACUGCCGUGUCCGAUCAACAAUUUAACAAUGAUGUAGUCUUUUGUUUAUACAACAGUAAAAUCUUCACUGAUGAGUUGACCGAAUAUAAUCGAUUAAGCGAAAUGAGUAUGCGUUCUUCGACCAAACCUGAUAACCAGUUUGACCUAUAUUCUGGUAUUGCUAACACACCCGGUGAAUUUAGUCGACUACAAAAUUUAAUUCACGACGGCAGAUUGAAUGCAUCCAAGUGGCCACCAAUUAUCAAUAUUAUCGACUCCGAUAACAUUCAUGUGUGCAUGUGCUCGCAAAUCUUAGGCAAUGAUACGGUUGAUGGUACCAUUUGCCCGGAAUGCCAAAAUAUUAUUAAAAAGCAGCCAAUAGAACAUCGCUGCCGGCUUAUUUCUAAGAGAUUAUUAUUAUCUAAUAAUAUCAUUGUUAAUCGCAUAGACACACAACAUUUGAAUACUUACCUUGAUAGAUCGCCAAAAGGGCAGGAUCCGUAUACACCGGAAAGUGCCGAAUCGCAUUCACCAGUCCACGAAUUGAGUAGCAGUAGUACAACUACUACUGCAUCGAACAAUAGCCGUAAUUUAACAGUGAAUGAAACAAUAUCCACUGAUAAAAUUCAUUCGCAUAACAGUUCGCUGCUACCUAAUGCUGCGAUAAUAAAUGUUCCAAAUAAGCAUAAACCUGUGGAAUUUUCACGUGCACAUGAAUCCAACGCUGUAGUAAGCGAAAAACAACAUCGCGGUGUUGUCUCGCCGGGACAGCUUAAAUUAAGGCUAGAAGAUUUGCAGAAAAAAACAUUGAAGCAGAAUAUAGAAAUGCAUAGUAAUAGUAAUAGUGGUGGCACUGCUGGGAAUGGUGAUGUUGAAGAUGUUGAUGAAAUUUGCCAAGCAAACACCGCAAUCGAAACGCAUCACACAAAUUGCUUGCCAAGAUGUUGUAAUAUUCAUUAAAAUUUAUUUAUAGCCGACUUACACACACCUUCCUGUAUACUUGUUACAAGACAACCCAAAAAAAAAAAAAAAAGAGCUGCUUUUAUUAUGUUUUUUCCAUUAGUUUUUAUAAACUUUUUUUUCUUAUUGAUAUUUUUUGUUACUUAAUAUUCUUCAACGCUUCUUUGAAUCCUAUCAUCAAUUCGUCUCAUCGCAUGCACAUCCGCAGAAAUAAGAAUUCAUCGCUAUUGCAAUUGUGAUAUGUUUUAUUGCUAUUUUCAAAUUUUAACAUGAAAGAUGAAAGCGAAAAGUCGUCACUCCAAAAAAAUAGCACAAAAAUAUCCAAAAGGUGUUAAAACGGAUAAUGUGAAGUAGUUUUCGAAAACGAAUAAUUUUAUAUAGUCACCAGUAGAUACGUAAAGAAUUUGCCAUUCCGUAAGUAGAACAUGACGUAUACAUUCACAAAUUCUUGAUCGAGUCCAUAUUCUGGUUGUUUUAACUAUUUAUAGUAAUGACAGUUUUGUAGCAUUAAACAUGUUAUUCUAUAGGUACGCGAAUAUCACGCUGCAUUACAUCUCUUUGCUAAGCAAAAUAUCUUUUACGAACAUAUGUGUAUCUAUAUACUUGUGUGAAAACUACGGUAAUGACGACCGAUUCAUACGGACAUGAUUCACAUUGAUAAAUAAUUCACAAAAUAAAUAAUCUAAUGGAUUUCAGAAUAGAACAACUUUGCAUGAUUUUAAAAGAUAAAAAUAAUAUGUUAGCUAUAGUGAUAGACAUAUAGGAGAUGGUCCCUCCUAUUUAUCAAAAAGUAAAUUGAAUCAAGUGCUUCUGAUACUUAAGGCGUUUAAAAAAAGGGAAAGGCUUAUUACGAUUGCUUUAAAUUAGUUAUGAUGUUCUUAUUACCGCAUUUUAAAAACCAUAAUCAAUCAGUCCAAAACUCUAGCGAGAGUGUCAUAAUCGUAAAUAGCUUCAACGGUAAUGUAAUCAAAUUGUUUUUAUUUUCCCUUCGUUAAUGGAGAUGCAGACACUUACUUUGAUGAUACUGGUGCAAUCCUUUAUUGAGGAAUUUCACCGAAUAGGCUAUAUCUAUAGAGUCAAUAUGUAAGAAAUCAGUUUCUAAUAAUUUUUUUGCAAGAUGCCUUAUUCUGCAAUUAAUGUUUUGGACAUUUAAGACGUUUUUUUUUUUUUUUAAUUAUUCACUAAUGGAAAAAUGAAAUCUUCGCACAGAUUGGAAAUUAAUCCAUUAAUUUCAGAAACUAGGAAAGCUAUUCGAAGGAAAUGAAACAAUGAUUUUGAAAAUGCUUUCUGUGAAAGUGUGGGUGUGUAUGUACAUAAACUAUAUAUUUGUCUAACUAUCUCGAAGAUUUAUUUUAUAA